CCAAGACCUCCAUCAAUCCCCACCACAAUUCCUUCCUUCUCUUUGAUUUUAGCAGUUGACCAUUUUGCUUUCUAAAUUUACUCUUUCAAACCUUGGGAACAUCAUUUUUGUUCUAUUGAUAUCAAGCAUGGAAGAUCGCAAGGAGAAAAAUGCUCCAUGGCUUUCAGUACCUCAAUUUGGGGACUGGGAUCAAAAGGGACAGCUCCCAGAUUACUCUCUUGACUUCUCAAAAAUCAGGGAAAUGAGGAAGCAAAACAAGAGGGAUGUUUCAAGAGCCAGUCUUGGAAAUGAAGAUGACUUCAUUAAUCCAACCGCCACCAGUGUCAGCAGCACUGCUCCUAGUGAUGAUCACCACAAUUUCCCUCAAAAUCAUCACUCCCCAUCUACGAGGAGGAGAAUCCUCAACUACUUCAGCUGUUGCGUCAAGGCCUAAGGUUUACGGUUUAUGGCUCACAUGAAGAUGAUGUUUAAGGCUUAACUAUGUCGUGUAUUUAGAGAGAGCACCAUCUCUUUACCGUGUGUUUUUGUUGUCUCAUUUUUAUUCUCUUCUUCAUCACUACUUGGUUUUACAAGAUUAGGGAAGAUGAUAUAUGGCUCAUCAAAGCUGGUGAUUAUCUCA